GCCCCAAGGCCCUCGCGCGUGCCCCUGUUGGUGUUUGUUUGCUCCUUACUCCGUCUUAUCUCCAUCCACUUAUCCAGAUCUGCGGAUUCGCGGGCCCGGCCAGUCUGACAACCCCGGCCCCGGCAACCCAUGCGCGCAAAUUAUAGAAACACGACGACACGACACUCAUCCUGCACCAGCCCCCAGUUCGCAACACCCUCUCUCUCUCUCUUCUAAUCAAAAAGGCGUUUUGGGUUGCAUUUCCGUGCUUAGUGCACACUAUGACUCCGUGUCUAGGUACAUGCCUACAGCGUACUCUGGUCUCGCCCCCACCACUGGAAGGGCCCGCUGAUGCCGUCCGUCCCGGCCCGCCGCCGCCGCGCGCCCUCUCUGCCCUGCACAAAAUAAGCCUCCCCCCCAACGCCCCUCCACGCCCGACUGUCACGCCAGUAUGACCUGAAACGCUUUUCGCUCUGCUCCAGCAGCUGACACCUCCCUACCCGUUACGACCGAGGCAGUAGUGUUGGCAUUGCUUGUCCAACUACCUACUUACUCUCUCUCUCUCUCUCUC